AGAGUUGGCUUGCAUUAAUUUAUAACUGUUUGUCAAACAAUCAUUUGCAAAAACUCGGCAGCUUAUAUAGGUCAAGUGAGUUCUGUUUCAAAGUCUUUCAGUCGGACCAAACUUCAUGGACAUAACUUAAGUGCAGUUUGAAUAAGAAUUGAUGAUUUAAAGACAAUUUGUUGGAGCGUUUAUGUCGUAUAUUCUGUUCCCAAAUAUUUACAUUGAGAAAUCGGGAAAAGUGCAUCGCCCGCUUCUUCAUGCAUACUAUUUCAAAAUUGGUAUGAAAGAAAUAUACAUUAUUUCGUCAACAGAAGUGUCAAUUUGAGCGUGUCGAUUUAAUCCAGUGACGCUUUAAAAAGCUAUACAAGGAUAUACACAGUAAACGGAGCGAUGACGGUGCGCAACUUUUUCCGAGAUCUUCUCUAUUUGAAGGAUAUUUUAAUUGUGGUGUUGACGCCAAUUAUUUUGUUGCCGUUCCUGCUAGUAGAUGGAGCAGGGGAGGUCGGAAAAUGUGCGUACUGCGUUUGUAUGAUGGCGAUCUUCUGGAUCACAGAGGCGCUUCCAAUCGCUGUAACGUCACUGAUUCCUGUGUUCCUCUUUCCAAUUGUUGGCAUCCUGUCCGUCAAAGACACGUCACAUGAAUAUAUAAAUGACACAAACAUGCUGUUUGUGGGCGGGCUGAUCGUUGCGGCCGCCAUUGAACACUGGAACAUCCACAGACGUAUCGCCCUGAAAAUCCUCCUCAAGGUUGGGUCAGAGGCGAAAUGGUUGAUGCUAGGCUUGAUGGGGCCCACAUGGUUUCUUUCUAUGUGGAUCAGUAACACAGCUACAACUGCAAUGAUGGUGCCAAUAGCGAACGCUAUCCUUAUGCAACUGAAGAACACAGAGGACGAAUACAAAAACACAUUCGAUAACUCUGCUUUGGAGCUGGACGACGUCGCAGUGAAAGUACCUCCUGAGGAUGUCAUAACCAAUGGCGAAACAAAGAACAUAAACGGAGAAAUAAAGAAAACAGACGCCACCACACUAGACGAUAUCCCAGACAACGUAUUGGAAAAUAACACAAAUGAGUCGUUUACUCGCCUCUGCAAGUGUCUAACAUUGAGCAUCGCGUACGCGGCCAACUGUGGUGGCAUCGGCAGUCUCACAGGAACUGGACCAAACCUUGUCAUGAAGGGACAGCUGGACAUAGUCUUGGAGGAGUAUGGCAUAACGCAGUCCACAAUCACCUUCGCCUCGUGGAUGGGGUUCGGAGUACCUCUGUCCUUUACCUUGGUCAUCAUUGUCUGGAUCUGGCUGCAGAUCAUGUUUCUCAGAUGCAACAAUUGUUGCGGAUCCAGCAAUCCGGAAAGAGAAGCUAGGGUGAAGGCUGCAAUCCAAAGGGAAUACGUAAAAUUGGGUCCAAUUACAUUUGGCCAGGGUGCAGUGCUGGGGCAUUUUAUAAUUCUAGCGAUCCUAUGGGUGACACGCGAUAUGGGAGGAGAAUACGGCUGGGGAAAACUCUUCAAAGAGGGGUACGUGAAGGACGGUGUACCAGCGGUGUUUAUAGCCACUCUUCUCUUUAUAUUUCCCUCUAAAGUUCCAGAGGCAUUUUGUAGAAGAAUUGAUGGGACCCGCGAGCCGUUGAAACCCUUGUUAUCGUGGCGUGCUGCGGUGGAGAAGGUACCAUGGGGCGUGGUCUUUUUGCUUGGCGGAGGCUUUGCUAUGGCCAAAGCGUCGAAGGAAUCCGGCUUGUCCGCCUGGGUUGGAGAGAAGCUGUCUGUUCUCGAUUUCCUGGAGCCCUGGGUGCUUAACCUCGUGCUCUGUUACAUAAUCGCCGCCAUGACGGAAGUGACGUCAAAUACCGCAACGUGCACUCUUAUGAUGCCUAUCCUUGCUAACCUGGCAGUACACCUGAGGCAGAGUCCAAUAUACCUUAUGUACCCAACCGCCAUAGCUACCUCAUUCGCCUUCAUGCUGCCUGUGGCCACGCCUCCUAAUGCCGUCAUCUUCUCGUAUGGCUAUGUCAAGGUCACGGACAUGGUCAAAGCAGGCUUCGUCUUGAACGUUAUCUGUGUGUUGGUGCUCAUCGGAUUCACGGAAACGCUUGGAAACAGUCUGUUUGACUUUCACACACUUCCGCCGGAAAUAGCUUCACAUUACAAUGACACGGCAUAACAUUAAACUUCGUAAUGUAACUGAUUGAGUGUGAUCCUGUGGGUAUAUUAGUUUUGAUGAACGGUAAUUCAUGGUUCCAGUUCAUCGACUAUAUGCAUGUUCCUUUUUUGAACACAUAUAUAUAUAUAUAUAUAUACAUAAACAUACAUUUUAAACGGCAUUAAGUUUGUUCGAGUGUGACCAAUGGCACAAAAUUUUGUAUAUAUGUUGUUCACUUUGACGUAUAACACAACUCAGUUGACUAUUGUGUGAACUACAUUGACAUAAUAAUUACUUCUCAGUAUGAUUGUGCAAUUAAAAUAUGUUCAACACACAUUUUUAUUAUGUUCUUUAUUUUCUAGAUUUGAAAAAUGGCAUUUGUUUGGUUUUGAAAGUGAUAUAUAAUGUACGCUUUGUUUUCAAAACUCAUUUUAUCGUUAUCCAUGGAUUGUAUGAUUUAUGAAAUUAAAUUACCACCUUUUGCAA